GUGACUUUGGAUGAUGUGCAUGUGAACUUCACUGAGGAAGAGUGGAAUUUGCUGGAUCCUUCCCAGAAGAAUCUCUACAAAGAUGUGAUGUUGGAAACCUACCUGAACCUCAACGCUAUAGGCUAUAAUUGGGAAGACCAACAUCUUGAAGAACAUUUUCAAAGUAUUAGAAGACAUGAAAGGCAUGUAAGAAGAUAUACUGGAGUGAAACCUUAUGAGUGUAAUAUAUGUGGUAAAGCCUUUGCAAGAUCCAGUAAUCUCCAAUAUCAUAAAUCAACACAUACUGGAGAGAAACCUUAUGAAUGUAAUCAAUGUGGUAAAGACUUUGCAGCACACAGUAAUCUCCAAAGACAUAAAAGAACACAUACUGGAGAGAAACCUUAUGAAUGUAAUCAAUGUGGUAAAGCCUUUGCACAGCGCAGUCAUCUCCAAAGACAUAAAGGAACACAUACUGGAGAGAAACCUUAUUUGUGCAAUCAAUGUGGUAAAGCCUUUGCACUGCACAGUUAUCUCCAAAGACAUAAAAUGACACAUACUGGAGAGAAACCUUAUGAAUGUAAUCAAUGUGGUAAAGCCUUUGCACAGCACAGUGUUCUCCAAAGACAUAAAAGAACACACACUGGAGAGAAACCUUAUGAAUGUAAUCAAUGUGGUAAAGCAUUUGCACAGCGCAGUCAUCUCCAAUAUCAUAAAAGAACACAUACUGGAGAGAAACCUUAUGAAUGUAAUCAAUGUGGUAAAGCCUUUGCAUGUCACAGUAAUCUACAAACACAUAAAAGAACACAUACUGGAGAGAAACCUUAUGAAUGUAAUCAAUGUGGUAAAGCCUUUGCAUGUCACAGUGAUCUACAAACACAUAAAAGAACACAUACUGGAGAGAAACCAUAUGAAUGUAAUCAAUGUGGUAAAGCCUUUGCACAGCGCAGUCAUCUCCAAUGUCAUGAAAGAACACAUACUGGAGAGAAAACUUAUGAGUGCAAUCAAUGUUUGGUGGCACACGCCUGGGAUCACAUGUGUGAUAGUCAUCUCCAAAGACAUAAAAGAACACAUACUGGAGAGAAACCCUAUGAAUGUAAUCAGUGUGGUAAAGCCUUUGCAAGACCCAGUCAUCUCCAAUAUCAUAAAAGAACACAUACUGGAGAGAAACCUUAUGAAUGUAAUCAAUGUGGUAAUGUGUUUUCACUAGGGAUAAAUCUCCUAAUUCUGCAUGUAAGAAGUCAUAGUGGAGAGAAACCCUAUGAAUAUAAUCAAUGUGAUAAAGCCUUUGCAAGAUCCAGUCUUCCUCAGUAUCAUAAAGGGAUACAUACUGGAGAGAAACCUAAUAAUUGUAAUCGACGUGGUAAAGCCUUUGCAGGACCCUGUGAUCUACAAUAUCAUAAAAGAACACAUACUGGAGAGAAACUUUAUGAAUGUAAUCAAUGUGGUAAGACCUUUUCAUGUCACGGUAGUCUCCAAAGACAUAAAAUAACUCAUAGUGUAGAAAAACCUUAUGAAUGUGAUCAGUGUCGUAAAGCCUUUGCAAGAUCCAGUUAUCUCAAGUGUCAUAAAAGAACACAUACUGGAGAGAAGCCUUAUGAAUGUAAUGUAUGUGGUAAAGCUUUUACAGUAGCCAGUAAUCUUCAAUAUCAUAAAAGAACACAUACUGGAGAGAAACCUUAUGAAUGCAAUCAAUGUGGUAAAUCCUUUACAGUAUCCAGGAAUCUUCAAUAUCAUAAAAGAACACAUACCGGAGAGAAACCUUAUGAAUGUAAUCAGUGUGGUAAAACCUAUACAGCAUCCAGUAAUCUUAAAUGUCAUAAAAGAACGCAUACUGGAGAGAAACCUUAUGAAUGUAAUCAAUGUGGUAAAGCCUUUGCAGUUCAGUGUAAUCUCAAAAGACAUAAAAGAACACAUACUGGAGAGAAACCUUACAAAUGUAAUCAAUGUGGUAAAGCCUUUACAGCAUCCAGUAAUCUUAAAUAUCAUAAAAGAACACAUUAACCUUACGAAUAUAAUCGAAGUGGUAAUAUAUUCACAAGGGAAAAGUCUUCAAAUUCUAUGUGCUGGAGAGAAACCUAAGUUUGAAAAUGCAAGGCAUCAUCAGGAAGUUGA